AUGAACCUCCAGCGUGUGCCUUACAUCUGCUCGCAAUGCACGGUGCAGAUCAGCCGCUCUCCACUUCGUCGCUCGCCGCAUUGUCUUUUGCCGCAGUCAGUAUGGCAACGACGUCAUAACAGUCAGUCUGUGCAGACUAAUCAGCCAUUUCGCGUUGCUGUUGUGGGGUCGGGUCCGGCUGGUUUCUAUGCAGCCUAUAGACUGCUGGCAAAAGUGGACGAUGCUGUGAAUUGUGAGGAGAAAUUUACUGAAGUUGCCUCAUCUCCCCGGUUCAACUUCAUUGGCAAUAUUGAACUCGGCGAGAAUCUCCCUCUACAGGCGCUGAAGCCUCAUUAUGAUGCUAUCUUAUUUUCAUACGGAGCUCCAAAGGAUAAGGAAUUGGGUAUUCCCGGAGAGAACGCCUGUCGAAAUGUAUACUCAGCUCGCGAAUUUGUCGGAUGGUACAACGGUCUUCCCGAGCACCGCGACCUAGCACCUGACCUGACAGCCGGUGAAGACGCAGUGAUUAUCGGCCAGGGCAACGUUGCGCUAGAUGUAGCAAGAAUCCUACUGUCAGAUAGCAAGAUCAAGCGAGUUCACGUAGUUGGGCGUCGAGGGCCGAUGCAGGCUGCAUUCACAAUCAAGGAGCUUCGUGAGUUGCUCCAGCUACCGGGUGUGUCGUUCGAUCCAGUUCGUAAGGAAUUAUUCCCACCAGACGACGUCAUGAAUGCUCUCCCUAGAGCCCAGAAGCGACUCAUCCAACUACUCGCAAAGGGAUCCAGUAACGAUCCCGCAACAUCGACCAAAUCCUGGUCUCUAGAUUUCCUUCUCUCGCCAGAGUGCCUCAACUGGUCCCCAAUCCAUCCAUAUCGCCUGUCACACGUCAAAUUCUCCCGCAAUGAGUUAGACCCGACCAAUCCAUAUAUUCCUAGCGCCAAGGUGUCGCCCAAGCAUCUUUCCAGCGGCAAGCGAGCGCAGGUCAACAUUCCUGCUAAUACAUUCUUCCGAAGUGUUGGAUACAAAUCACUACCUUUGCCUGGACUGGAAGACCUGGGGAUUCAGUUCGACACGAAGCGAGGUGUCAUCCCCAACGACGGAUUCGGCAGAGUCACUCGCCCCACGAAUACGGGGGCUAACGAACAACUCCCUGAUGGGUCAGUUAUCUCACACCUACCGGGUCUCUACUGCGCUGGCUGGGUCAAGCGUGGACCCACCGGCGUUAUUGCAACAACCAUGACGGAUGCAUUUACGACGGCAGAUGUGGUGGCGGCUGAUUUGAGCAGCCACCGAGGCAAGGGGUCUCUUUUGAAUGGCCCCGGUCACAGCACCGGUCUUGGCUGGGAGGGAGUACGUCCCGAGGCCGAGAAGCGUGGCUUGCGGGCAACAACCUGGCAGGAUUGGCAGCGUAUUGAUGCUGCCGAACGCGAGCGGGGCCAGCAGAUCGGUAAACCCCGUUCUAAAUUCGGCAGAGUGGAAGAAAUGCUGGAAGUUGCACAGUAA